CUUGAAGGACCAAUCAUGCACAACUGAUAAAGUUAAAGGACCUAUAGUGUUUGGUCUUUUAAAAAAUUGGGGUACCUUACCAAUGACUUGAAGAGAGGAGGAGAGAGAGGAGCUUCAAGCUUGGCUAAUUCUUUUCAAUGGCGGAGAAAGGAAAGCCGUUGAGGAUGAUGGCUGAGGCCUUCACAGACCUAUCAAAGUGCAUCGCUUCCCAGUCUGGUGAAGAAGCGCAGCAGAUCCAAGUGGGCGCAUUUUCUAGUGCCUGCUCUCAUGUCUCCCCUCUCUUCGCCUGCCUCGGCAUCGCCUUCAAGUUUGCCGAGCUCGAUUAUGUAGCCAAGGUAUAUGUAUUCGUAUGUCCCCUUCAUUUCUUCAUCGAUUAAGUAUUAUUUUUCCAACUCCCAAUUUCAUCCUAAAACCCAUCCAUUCAGUCUUAUAUUAACGAUUUAUAAUCAAAUGUAUGCAUCUCUAUUGUAAAUUUCUACUAAAAAUAUGCAGAGUACUUCAUUGUUGAUCACACAACAUUCCAUUAGGGCUUACUGGAAAGCAAAAUACAAUACCAACCCACCUGUAACUUCAGAACUGAAGGAGAUGAACUAAACUCCUUCCAUUGCAAUUUUACUGUUUUCAUUUUCGUAGAAAAUUUUACUUUAUCAUUUUUAUAGACACUUAUAAGGGGAACUUUUGCUACUUCCUCUUCAAUUAAAUUCUCAAGAAAAAAAGAACCUGUCCACUCUUUACAUAAAAUUUCCCUUGUCUAUGUUAGGAUCUUUUUUUUUUACAGCCACCCCAACGCGUUAGUGGAAAUGAAGUUUCAUCCUAAACCCAAUUUUCAAAGAAGUGAUACUCCUUUAAAGUUUAAUUGCUAGGCGUGAUAUGCUUAAGUUUCCAAUGUGAUUGGUUACUUUCAGAGUUCAAAGGCAUCACAAACAUGAACUCCCAAAACGUUUGAAUUUUCCCUGUUAACAAAUGCUCAUGCACUCUCCUAGUCAUUGUUAUCAUUGCAAUAUGAUCUGGCUCAUAAACAUUCGUUUUGCGUGUCCAUUUGAUCAAAUUUUACCAAUUUAGUUGCAAUGGAUGCAAACGAGCAAUUAUCCAAAUGUGAGGCCUAUACCAGAAGACAUUUGCUUACCAUAUUUCUUUUCUGUAUUUGAUUUUGAAAUGUAAAUAUGAGUGUAGAGUUUCUAUGACGUUGGUGACAGGUUGAAGAUCUAGCGGAUGCAUCAAAGUCUGUUGCGACAUUAAGAGAAAUGAUAGACUUAGACAUCGAAGGAAAUUGUGUAAGAAAUGCUGGCAGUCAUACAAGGAAUCUGCUGAGGGUGAAGCGUGGGAUAGAUAUGGUUAAAGUUUUGUUUGACCACAUUUUGGCCUCUGGGGAAAAUUCUCUAAUGGAUCCAGCUUCAAAAGCUUAUGCACAAGUUUUUUCUCCUCACCAUGGAUGGCUAAUAAGGAAGGCAGUAGCUGCAGGAAUGUAUGCUCUUCCUACCAAGGCACAACUCUUAAAGAAGCUCAAUGAAGAUGAAGCUUCAGCAACGAUGUACAUGAGAAGUUACGUUGCUUCAGCAGCUCCAGUCAUCGAUUAUGUUGAAAGCCUUUUCAUUUCAAAAGGUUUGGAAACAAACUGGUAGAACAAAGGAACUCUUCUGAUAGAAAACAUGAUACAUAGAUAGUUCAUCAUAAAUAAUUAUAUUUCUCAAUGUUUACCACUGUACACUUUGUGAGUUUGUUUUCUUGCGUAGUGUACUUUCAUAUAGACUGUUGUAAUAUUGUUUAUGUAAAAUCUUUGCAAUAAGAUAAUUUCCCCUGAUUGUGGUAACUCUUCCUGCACCAUAAGAAACUCAUACUCUAUACAUUAAAAAAUUUAAAAAAAUAAAACUUACCCCGGAGUACCCUUUGAAUAAGUAUGCUUUUGCUUAACUACUGGUCCAAUUUUUUCCAAUUCCUUCCAAAUUCUUUCAGUUUUUCUUCCUGACAUCCAACUUUUUUUUUCGACUUUUUUUUUCGAAUAUGAAAGAGCAUGCCUUAAAAGGCUUUGAUUCAAAGAGAUUGUGAAUAAACAUAUAACAUGCUU